UCGGAGCAAGGGUUUAUGCAGGGGUUAGAAUGAAGUAAAACUGAGAAACGUAAAGUCAGUCUGCGGCUUCUUCUUCCCCAAGCAUCAUCGAAGCGAAGCAGCUUCAAACUACUUUUACAUGCCGUUCUGUACUCCUUGCCUUUAAGUCCUUCGCAAAAUCCCCAAUCUUCUGUUUGUUAUCUCACCUAUUCUAUUUCCCCAAUGUUGAAGGUCCUCGCCAGGUGCAAUUCCCGCCCUUGGCUCCGGCCUCAACUCCGCCUCGCUGAUGUGCCCGUGCCCGCGUCUCCAUUGUUCCGUGUUCCUCGAGCGCGGGAUAAUACGAGCCGGUAUUCCUUACGGAGGUUCUUUUGUUCCGACUCGACCGAUGGGUCCGAUUCGGUAGAAUCAGCGAGACGGGUCGAGGAGGGCGAUGAGGCAGCGGGUUCCAAGUCGUCGUCCGCAAUUGUGCCAACUAUGGUUAGACCCGAAGAUUGUUUAACGGUUAUAGCAUUGCCAUUAACACACAGACCAUUAUUUCCUGGAUUCUAUAUGCCAAUUUAUGUUAAGAAUGAAAAAUUGCGAGCAGCUUUAGAAGAUAGUAAAAAAAGGCAAGCCCCUUAUACUGGUGCCUUCCUUGUUAAAGAUGAGGAAGGGACUGACGGUUCAGAGAUAGAGAAAAAUAUAUAUGAUCUUAAAGGAAAAGAUUUAUUAAAUCGCCUUCAUGAAGUUGGUACACUAGCUCAGAUUACAAGCAUCCAAGGAGAUCAAGUUGUUCUAAUAGGUCACAGACGUCUUCGAAUAACGGAAAUGGUUGGUGAAGAUCCUCUAACCGUCAAGGUUGAUCACCUCAAGGAAAAACCAUAUGAUAAGGAUGAUGACAUUCUCAAGGCUACAUCAUUUGAAGUUAUAUCAACUUUAAGAGAUGUGCUAAAGACAAGCCACCUCUGGCGAGAUCAUGCACAAACCUAUACCCAGCAUAUAGGUGAUUUUACAUAUCCAAGAGUGGCAGAUUUUGGGGCUGCAAUAUCUGGUGCAAACAAGUCACAAUGCCAGCAAGUGCUUGAAGAACUUGAUGUGCACAAAAGGCUAAAACUCACCUUGGAGUUGGUGAAGAAAGAGAUGGAGAUUAGCAAAAUCCAGGAAUCUAUAGCCAAGGCGAUUGAAGAAAAGAUAAGCGGCGAACAACGUCGAUACUUGUUGAAUGAACAACUUAAAGCCAUAAAGAAGGAAUUGGGAUUGGAGACUGAUGACAAAACUGCUUUGUCUGCAAAGUUCAGAGAGAGAAUUGAUCCAAAGAAAGAAAAAAUCCCAGCUCAUGUUUUGCAAGUCAUAGAAGAGGAGCUAACAAAAUUGCAAUUAUUGGAAGCAAGUUCAAGUGAAUUUAAUGUAACACGCAAUUAUCUUGAUUGGUUGACUGCUUUACCAUGGGGAGAAUACAGCAAUGAAAACUUUGAUGUAACUCAAGCCCAAAAAAUUUUAGAUGAAGACCAUUAUGGGUUGACAGAUGUGAAAGAAAGGAUAUUGGAGUUCAUAGCGGUUGGAAGACUCAGAGGAACAUCACAAGGGAAAAUAAUAUGCCUCUCUGGUCCUCCUGGAGUGGGCAAGACAAGCAUUGGCCGUUCCAUUGCUCGGGCAUUGAAUCGUAAAUUUUACCGGUUUUCAGUUGGAGGUUUGUCUGAUGUUGCUGAAAUCAAGGGGCAUCGUCGGACCUAUAUAGGUGCUAUGCCUGGGAAGAUGGUGCAGUGUUUGAAAAGUGUGGGUACUGCAAAUCCUCUUGUUCUGAUUGAUGAGAUAGACAAGUUGGGAAGGGGACAUGCAGGUGAUCCUGCAAGUGCAAUGUUGGAACUCCUGGACCCAGAGCAGAAUGCGAACUUUCUAGACCACUAUCUUGAUGUUACAAUCGAUUUGUCCAAGGUUUUGUUUGUCUGCACAGCAAAUGUUGUUGAAAUGAUACCCAACCCACUUUUAGAUAGAAUGGAGGUUAUAUCUAUUGCUGGGUAUAUUACUGAUGAAAAAUUGCAUAUUGCACGCGAUUACUUGGAGAAAACUACUCGAGAAGCAUGUGGUAUCAAGCCUGAACUGGUUGAGGUCACAGAUGCUGCAAUUCUGGCUUUGAUCGAAAAUUAUUGCAGAGAGGCAGGGGUUCGAAAUCUUCAAAAGCAAAUUGAGAAGAUAUAUCGAAAGAUUGCUCUUCAUCUUGUGCGUCAGGGAGUUUAUCCUGAUCCUGCAGUUGGUGAAGCAACGGUCCAAUCUGACGAGGUAAAAACAGAAUUGGUUUUUGAGUCUGCAGGUGCUGAAUCUGCACAUGGAAGCACUGACAAAACGGAAUCCGAAAAUGCUGUGGAGGCUGAAAUAGUUAACGCUUCGGUGGAUCAAACCUCAACUUCUAUUAAUGAAUCUGAUACACCAAAGGAUACCCUGGAAGCUGAGAAAAAUCAGACAACCGAAGCUGCUAAAAAGGUGGAGAAGGUUUUAGUUGACUCAUCCAACCUUGCUGACUAUGUUGGGAAGCCCGUUUUUCAUGCUGAGCGAAUAUAUGACCAAACUCCAGUUGGAGUUGUAAUGGGUCUUGCUUGGACUGCAAUGGGUGGAUCAACACUCUACAUAGAAACCACUCAGGUGGAGCAAGGUGAAGGCAAAGGGGCCAUUAAUCUCACCGGACAACUGGGGGAUGUCAUGAAGGAAAGUGCUCAGAUUGCCUACACUGUUGCCAGAGCCAUCUUGCUGGAGAAGGAUCCUGAGAAUCAAUUCUUCGCCAAUUCCAAGGUUCAUCUUCAUGUACCUGCUGGCGCCACUCCUAAGGACGGUCCUAGUGCUGGCUGCACCAUGGUCACAUCCUUGCUGUCUCUUGCUAUGAACAAACCUGUCAAGACGGAUCUUGCCAUGACUGGAGAAGUCACGCUAACAAGGAAAAUUCUGCCUAUUGGCGGGGUUAAGGAAAAGACAAUCGCUGCAAGGCGUAGUGAGGUGAAGACCAUAGUAUUUCCUUCAGCGAACCGAAGAGAUUACGAUGAGCUGGCACCUAAUGUGAAGGAAGGGCUUGAGGUACACUUUGUUGAAGACUACAGCCAAAUCUAUGAACUGGCCUUUUGUGAGAAUGAAUGAAUAAUUGAUGACAAGUUACCAUAGAAUGCCCGUCAAUCAGUCAGUCAUUUCUGGUCUGGGUAACUUAUUUGAUUCGAUUCGAUUCUAUGAUUAUGUAUGCAGUUGCUGUCUGUCUACUAACUUAUUUAUUGAUACCAAAAAAAAAAAAAAAUGUGAUUAUAUUUGAUGGAUGCUGAUUUAGCUAGUUAGUUUUGACAAUAAAGAGAGAUACAAAUACACGGUCUUUUUGCAACAGGAGACAGUAGUUGUAUGAAUCUUAUUAUAUUAAUCAUUCAUCAUCAUCAUCAUCAUC